AUGAAGAUCCUGGAAGCCCAGUCUGCCAUCCUGACCAACUUUGAGGUCUACCAGUUCCUCAACCGUCAGGCCAAGGAAUACCAAGAGCAAAAACGUCGCGGGCCGGGUAACUUAGAGACCCUGCGCAGGGAGCUACUUCAGUACUUUGAAAGCAAGCCUAGUCCUCUCAGCCAAGAACCAUGCACAUACAAUGAGCAGUCAAUCUCAAGAUUGCUGGAGAGGCUGCGACCGUAUGAGAUCACCAAAGGAGAGAUGAUCAUGAUUGUCAAUCUCCGUCCGACUAACCCCGUGGCCCUGAACACCGUUAUUGAAGACAUGGAGGACCGAUUCGACCAGUCGCAGCAAGAGGACAUCUCUGCCGGCAUCGCCGAGGUCCUCGGUGAGUUCCCAGAGGAGGACGAGGAGCCCGAGGGUAACCAAGGCGAUGUGAUGGAGACCACCGAAGCCCGAUAA